CACUUUCUGCAGUUGAGCGCGCACGCUAUGAUUCUGUAUAUAUAAAGAGAUUUGGAUGUAAUGCAAGAACACUGAGCUCAACACUACAAAUAGAGAAAUUUCCCUUCGCAAGCUGGACUUAAUCUCUACUUUUUAAUCAUUAUGGCUUCGAUCAUGAUGUUCGCCUGUUAUCUGCUUGUCCUUACAUCAAUGGCAUCAGCUCAGUAUUCUGUUUACGAUGAUGGAUACACAGGAUAUGGGGAUGAUGGAUCGAAGUAUGAAACAAAGUAUCCUCCUCAUCCUUAUGGUUUCGGAUAUGACAUCAAGGAUCACCAUGGUAAUCAUCAGUACCGCAAAGAGCAGAGUGAUGGUAAAAAAGUCAUUGGAAGUUAUGGUUUCACAGACGCCCAUGGUGUCCAAAGGCUGGUUGAUUACGUAGCGGAUGAGCAUGGAUUUAGAGCAAAAGUCAGGACAAACGAACAAGGAACAGCCAAUCAAGAUCCUGCCCAUGUUCGGAUACAGUCGUCAGCCAUUAAUGAAUAUCAUUGAGGACAAAAAGACUCAACAUAUCUCUAACGCUUUCUGACGUCUACAGCUGUACAUAGAAAAUAAUGAUUUCACAGACGUUAUCUUUUACAAAUAAAGAAAGUUGCCAUUAAGUGUUCACUGUUUCUGCAUCAAGACAAGUAUAAAUAUGUUCGAAUGUAUAGAUUAAUAUUGCAUUAAACUGUGCAUUAUUUAUUUGUAAUGAACAUAAGCUUUUAUAGAACUGAUGUCUGAUGUGAUAUGUAAAUACAUUGUGUAAUUUCAGUGUCAUUAAAAAUUUCAAUGUUUGCUGUA